AUGGCCCCGUGCAAACAUGCAAACCUGUUGCUCGAUGUAUCGCCAAACGCGACCCAGGCUGGAUUCGCGCGCCCACCGGCCGUCAAGAGAAGAGCAGCAGCAUCCCUUGCCAGCCGCAUAGAACCAGACACGGCUGAUGAAGAAGAAGCCCAAAAUCUCGCUGGCACCUUUCCAGGUCCCUUGGUCCUCCCAGAUGACCUGCUGUCCGUCUACCCCAAAGACCCCGACUCUGGGCAGACAGUCAAGGUCUGGCAAAGGUCCAAACACCGCAACCGCCUCAACGCCGGCACCCCCAACACCAUCCAUGUUGCUGCACCACCCUCCUACUCCCCCAAGAUGAAGCACAUGAGGGAGUGGAUCGUCCCCCUCACCGCCACCGAGGGGGAAGAAGACGUCAGCCCCCCGAAACCAAAAGACCUAACCGAUUACCUCUCCGCCUACUACCACCCUCUCCCCGUGACCCGAACCCCCAAUCUCACCUGGGUCCCUUGGGAAGAUGAUGAUCGCCCACCAAACGCUACAAAGGACGAAAAUAGGUACAUCGGCCUCAAGCAAGGUCAGAACAUCACCCGGAUCCGCACCCGCCCCUGCCCCGAUGGCGCCUACGAGCGGCAGCUGAACCUGGGCGACAUUUUGGACGGGCUGUUGCACAUGGUCAAAGAGAUCCACCCCCGGUACGCGCUUGUGAUGAUGCUUCAUCACGAUCUGUACGAGGACGAGACGGACGAUUUCUGCUGCGGGAGGGCGUACGGCGGGAGCAGGGUGUCGGUUGUGACGUCGAGUAGGUAUCAUCCUGGGCUGGACUGGUACCAGGAGAUUGAACGGGCGCACAUGUGGCCUGCGAGUCACUGUGGGAAUUUUGUGAGGAGGAAGUGUGGGAUACGGUCUGGAGCGGGGGUGAAGAGGAGGAAGGUGAUGAUGGUUGAGGGGGACGGUGCUGGGGAGGGCAAGGGGGGGGGGACGGCCAUGAGGGCGGCCGUGGAUGCGUAUGUUGCUGCGCCGGCGCCCGAGAAGGACUUGGCGGGGUUGUGGUUUGGGAGGACGGCGCUGACGGCUUCGCACGAGCUGGGGCAUUGUUUUUGUUUGGGGCAUUGCAAUUACUAUGCUUGCGCCAUGCAGGGGACAGCGGGGAUCGUGGAGGAUGUGAGGCAGCCGCCGUAUUUGUGUCCGGUUUGUUUGGAGAAGGUGAUUUCGGGGUUCUUGGAGGUGAAGGAGUAUGCAAACAUUGGGAGGGAGAGGUUGAUACUACAGAGGUAUAAGAAGCUGCAUGAGUUUUGCACCAGUAAGACAAGGGCGGGGGUCAAGAUGUUUGCGGGUUAUGGAGCCUGGUUGGGUAAGAGGAUCGAGGCACUCAAAGCCGAGGAGGAGGGGGGCGAGGGGCAGCUGUAG